CUGAAGAAUUUGGCAUUUUGUGUGGAAAAUGAAGUGUCAGUCUUGUGCUUCCUUGAUACUUUGAAACAUAUCUGAAGAUAGAAGAUGUAAUGACUAACAGAGAACUGGCUACACAAGGUGGUUUGCUGCUAAGUGACAGCACCAAACAGGUUGCCUCUCUGCUUUGAUCAUGUUGAUGGGCCAGGAAUCAGCAGACCUGGAUCAGGAGGAUUCCCGAUUUUCAGCGUCACCUUAAAAGACCACAGCAUUUCUCCAAUGCAGCCUUUGAAGCAGCUCAGCCACUGUUCACUCAGUGGGGCCCAGGUCCUGAUAAACUGACAUGGAUGAUGAAGAUGGCACCUGCUUGCUUGAUGUUUUAUGUGACCCUCAAGCCUUGAAUGAUUUUCUACAUGGAACAAAUGAGCUGGAGACGGACGGCAUACUUAUUAACUCAUCGGAUGCUGAAACCACCCUAUUUACAGCUCCUGCAAGCCCUGUGUCCAUACUUGCAGAUGACCCUCCUGUGGAAAAUCACCAGCCCACCAACUGUGUUGACCUCUCUUUCCUGGAGGAAGCACUUCUGGCUUCACCUCCACAGGAUUCAAGCGAAGAUGGUGCCUGCAUGGAGAAGGCCUGUGAGGAACAGGAGGACAAGCAGGAGAAAGAGGCAUGUGAUAUCCUGCAGCAGAGCCUGCAAGAGGCUGACAUUACGGAGCAGACUUUGGCAGAAGAGGCAGGAUUAGCAGCUGGGGCCAUUGGCUCUCAGCCAGCAGAUAUCGUACCACUGUAUGUGACCUCAGAUGGUCAACAUGCAGACCUGGGUACUCUACUACAGCCUCCUUCACAUGCCUUACCAAAAGCACUGACUGUGCAUCCAAUGGUUUCAGGCCUUGGUGGGGUUCAAUUGACAGGCCUGCAAAAUGUACCUAAGGACACGCAAGCUGCAGUGGAGCCUCCUCAGCCUUCCUUGAUGGCAGUUGGACCAGGCUGUCCUUCUUUAAUUGGAAAGCCAACACCGCCACAGCUCAUGAGUCUCUUGCCAGGAACAGUGUUCCCUGCCCCAACCUCAGAGCAGCCGCUUGCUCUCAAUCCUGCCCAUGGUUCUAGUGUUCUGAUCCAGAAAACUGUACCAAAUGUUAGUGGCAGCUCCUUAUUUAGCAGUACCCCAAUUUCCCAUGCCAUCAGAGCAAACAUGGGGUCAAGUCUUCUUAUCCCACGGGCUCCUCUGCCAAUUCAGCCUAAGUUGCCUGUGAGCAUUCAGCCCAGGUUGGUUCAAAUUAGUCCUAAACCCAUCAGCACCACAGUUAGCCCAAACCAGCAGCACAGGCAUCCAGCAGGUGUGACGUUUGUUUCAGGAAAUCCUCAUCAGAACUUCCUGCUCUCAGCUGCUCAUAAUAAUGUUGUUAAACAACAGUCUUCUCAGGGUCUUGCCAAACCCGUCAGCCUGCAGCUCCUGAACCAGACAAGCAGCAUUGUUAUCCAGCCUCAAGGCAUUUUCCCAACACCAAACCAAUUUAUUCUUCCUGGGCAUCUUGCCACAACUUCUUCACCUUCCAUCUCUCAAGCACCUUCUGCUCGGUCUUUCCUGCCUAACCAAAGCUCUAGUACUCAACCACUUCCAGUGGUAAGACAUAGCACCUCUGGUCCGCUGGUAGAUACUACCCAGCUUUUAGCUACCCCCUCUGGUCAGCUGAAUUUCGGUCAAGUAUUCACAACACCAAAUGGACAAUUUGCUGUUAGGCAGGGUGCAAUCCUUUCUGGACCCUUCCAGUUUCAGACUAGUGCUCCUACGAUCUUUCAAAUGCCUACACAGCUGACCAGUAGCUUCUCUACUCAGUCAUCGGGGCCACAGAAUGGAAAUACAGUACAGCCAACCCAGACCCUUCUGCCUGGAACAACUUCACUUGGUAACCAGAUAACUGUACUUAACAGCUCUGGAGUUUUAGGCCCCGCACUCAGCAUACAGCCUGGCCCAGGAGCAUCCAUUCCAGACUUGGCCUCUGUUUCUAUCAUGAAUGGUCAACCUGUAGUUCAUGGUGUUCAGUCAACGACAUUCCCAGCUCAAAACCAGCCCUCAGCUUCACUGUUACCAUCUGAAGGGUCUACAGGUUUUCAGCCACUAGCAACUGGGUGCCCAGCAAAAAGCAGCCAACCUGACUGUGAUGGAAAUGACUUACUUGAACAACAACAGUCACAAACUGACAGUCCUGCAGCCCUCCAGACUUCAAACCAAAUCCAACACCCAGCAGCCUUGCCUAAUGUUCAGCUCCUUAGCCCAGCACUUCUCCAAGGCCAGGCACCAGAUGCCCCGUUUCGGUUACACAAGCAGCUGAAAUAUGAGGGCAAGCUACUUCCAGAGCCGACUGAUCAUGACCUUCUGAUCGAAGUCAAUAGUGGGGCAGAUUGCAUGCAGAACAUUGCGCAGAAGCACUUACAGCAGCUAUCAACCCCUCCUUCAGCCCAUCUCAUUGGACCAGCUGAGCCCUUGCGGUCUCCUCUUUGUAAUCAGACAAUAAUAACUCCCCAAGCUGCCUCACAUCCGGUGCGCCUCAGUUCUCCUUUGGAGAGUCACCAGCAAGCAAUCACCGCAAGCAUUCCAGUGAAUGGACAUGAUGGCCCCUUAUGCUCCCUUCUAAAUGGGCAGCCCAUGAACAACCUGCCAUCUGACAAUGGGCGUAAUGGAAGCUUGUCUGCACCCCUAAGUACUCACACUGUCAGCACACAGACUAUAGCCACCAGCCAAGGAUUUACGGUGAACAACAUUAAAGCUUCAUUGACUACAAUGGAAAAUCCUAGGAUGUCUCUUCCCUUGGGACUAUCUUCAUCCCUACCAAUCCAGAGAAGUGUCAACAAACCAGCAACACAUCUUGUGGCAGAGAGAUUAAUAAAUCCAGCAGGAGCUGAUUCAACACUGAAGCCACCGCAGCAACAGACAGAACAACAGAUAUCAACUGUGUCUGCAAAAAUGGAAAGGUCUCUAGACACCCAGCUUCAAAGACAAAGGUUCCAGCAUCAAAUUAAUAAGGAUCACACUACUGUUAUGAAUCCAGACUGUUCAACUCCAUUUCACUCCGUUGAAGAUGCAAUUGUCCAUCUCCUUCCCUACCACACCUUUGUUGGGCGACUGCCUACCAAGGAUGAUUUCAGUGUAGUGGAUGAGCAAUUUGAAACUGUGUCCAGCCAGCUGCUAAAGCGCACUCAGGAAAUGCUCAAUAAAUAUCGGCAACUGAUGCUUCAGGAAAUUCAACAGGUGAAGCAGUCUGCAGAGAUGGUGAUGUUGGAACGCUUAUUUCUUCACGAUGAGCGAGUAGAACUCAGGGAGGUACAGAAGGUUAGAAGACUCACUUCAGAUGGGCCUGUGGCUUCAAAUUACAAACCAGUUUCCUAUGUCUCUCCUGCUAAUCAGCCCACCAUUCCUCCAGAUACAGAUCUUCCUCUUUGUGUGACUCCUAACUUGGCUCCUAUUGAUCCACCUUGCUCUUCUCCUCCAUUGAGGUUAAUGUUUGACUGUACCAAAAGUCUGAGGACUUACCCAUCUAGAAAACGGGGGGGUUUAAAACUCACUAUCAAGCAAGAAGCUGGCUAUAGCAAAGUGGUACGUAACUCUGUGUGUGAACCAUGGGCAGUCUCUUCUCCUGCUUCUACAGCUAGAUCUGAACUAGAGCCUAUAAACAUGGACAAUGUGAAUGGUAACAGUAAGAAGGAACAGACAUGGGACAGUCUUGAUUUUAGAGAAGCAAUCCAAAGACUUCCUGCUCCCCUAGAGCACCAGCAGUCAAUAUUCUCCAAAGCAACAGGAUGUGGUGAGAAUACCACUGCUAUGAAUGGAGCCCAUUUUAGUUUUCUCGAGAACAAAAGCAAGCAAUCUGCAGAAAAUGGAGAAGGGAUUGUGACAAAGAGCCUGCAGUCUGGGACUACUGUAAAUCAUCAAGAAGAAGGACUGUGUCCUUCAUUUCGGCAGAAUUUUGGUGAGGUUGAUGAAAGAUGUCUAGAAACAGGCAUGCCUGCUCCAUAUGCCAAAAGACCAAGGUCAGAGCCCUCACCAGGACAAGAAGAACGAAGAUGUAAGAGCCCUCAAGCAGAUAGUGUCCUCAGUGAACAUCUUCAAAGUGCUAUUGACAGUAUCUUGCUGUUGCAGAAGCUUCAGGGUCAGUCAGUCUCAGAAACUCCUAGCCUUGGCCUCUUUGAACCCCCUUCUCUUCAAAAUGUGCCGGAAUGUGGAUUAGGAACUGGUGAACCAUCUGCUCUUGAAGAGGCAGUCAAAAGCAUCCUGGAGGACAAGAUGUAGCAAAAUCCAAGGACUGAAGAUACCAGAUUGGAAAAUGAAGAUAUGUUUGUGGUAUUUUUGACCAUCAAAGUAUAAUGCAUAUCAAACAACAUUUAAAAAAGAAUCUCCUAGCAUUAUUAUUAUUAUUAGUUGUACAUUACAGUGUAAUGUAAAUUCAGGUGGCACAUACCUUUUGCUCUUUUUAGUAGACCUGUCAUACCAUUUUGUUGAUUACGUGACAAAAAGGAUGAAUUAUAUUGUCCUCCAAACCAUACAAAAACCAGAGCUAUUACUAAGCCAGAUGCGCUAAUGAAUGCCAUCUGGCUUGUAUUAUUUGAUUACUUAACAAAAUCUACCAGCAGUCCUGUUAUUGGCUCACCUGUUAUCAUUCAAAAUAUAGUAUUCUGGAAAGACUCCAAAAGGCUCACUCUUCCAAGUACUAGCUGUAAAGAAUUCAAAGCAUAAGGAUUAUCAAAAUGUUGGAAAAGAACACACCACUCAAAUUAAUACCUUUAUUAUGAAUAAAUCUGAAUUAAGACUCCUAAUAGGGGUUAAUUGAGCCAGCAACCUGCCAAGUCCAGACCACUUCAUUUAUGUGUUUUUCAGAAAAAAAAUUAGAUGGUGUAGAAUGUAGCAAAAGUAAAAACAGAGCAUCUUAGAGACUGUAAUUUAAUGCAAACUUGAAAAUGCAUUUGUAUUGUAUUACCACUUCUGUGGAUAGUUGCAUGACAAUUGGGCAAAGCCUCUGACAAGGUACAUAGUGUACUAUAGCAGGUUUACCAAGGAGAACAUUAUUUAAGAUAAAACAAAUUAGUCGUUAAUGAAUUACUGCAGUAUCAAAAUAAGUAGGGCCUUUGUUACAAGUAAAAAUGGUGUGGUCGACAUUUUGACGCAGGCGAUGCUAUCAUCAAUGAGGUGAUGCAGUGGUGUGACUUGCAAGAAGUUUUAUUUUUUUUUCCCCAUGGCAUCCAGAGGUUGGUACAACAGUGGCAGAAGUGCAUUCACCUUCAAUGAGACUACACUGAAAAAUGAUAAAAUGGCAUUGUGCUGUGCCAUUUCCAUUCCUCACUUCCCAUUAGAUACUCCUCUAAUAUAACUGCAAGCACAGAUUCACUGUUGAAAUGCUCCUCUAAAGCUAUUGGAGACACAUGUUCAGAGUCUCAUUUGGGAGAUUAAUGGAGCCAUAUUCUUACUAACAUUAAAAGUCUACAUCACACACUAACAUACGGAGAGCCCACUCUGCUAUCUUAUGUUGUGAAUAUGACAUUACCAACUUCACAGCUAUUUUUUGAAUUAUACAGAAAUUAAAAGCACAUACAUGGAAAGAAUAUGUAAUAGUAUAACUAUAAAACUAUGAGAAUGGCAAAAGAUGUACCUUAUAUUCCAAACAGCAUGCAAAUGUUAUAGUCUUACCAAAUUCAUGGUGGCAAUUCUGACCUAAUAAAAUAAACAGCAUGUGCUGUAUUGAAGGCACAAGUUCUCAGUCAUUAAAAAAUUAAAAGAAGAAUCAGAUUGAUUCUAACUUGUAGACUGAUAAGGAGCCUCUGACAAUUUUAUUAGUUCAACUCUCAUUAAUAAGCUUUGCUUAACUGCCUGUGGCUGUGUUAAACAGCGAGUACAAAAUAUUGGCAGUUAAUGAGAACCUAAUGACACUGGAUUCACUUAGUGAGUUAUCCAGCCAUUUAAAAUGACUAGAGGAGUGUUGCAUACAGAGAAGGUUUAAGUUUAGUGGCCAGGUCACUAACACACAAAAAUUCAGGGUUAUCCCAGUUUAAUUUAACUAAUCCAUAUUUUGAAUUCAUUAAACAGUAAAUGACAGAAUGUGAUAUGAGCAGUUCAAAAACCAUUGACUUAAAAUCUAAACAUACCCCAUUUGCUAUAGCUGUUCAAUCACCUCACUUCCAAUUCAAUUUAUAGAUUAUUCUGGUGUUUAAAAUAAAAACGCAGAGUCAAAAGCACUAAAGGGUCUCAAUGAUGGCUUAGCAGAGGAACAAGAUGUUCCAAGUUUAAGUAAAGCCAUUUUUACUUCCUUUGCCACUUCCAUCAUGUGGCUAUUGAAUAAUUAGGGUUUCAUAACAACUGAAACAGACAGGAGGAGUGAGGGCAAACAGCAAGCAACACAAAACACCUGACAGCAAGAGCAUCAUGCAUCUUUAUUCAAUGGUGCUAUAAAAUCACAGACAGAGACCUCAAAAAGUCACCAACAUUUUGUGUCACUGAUUUGAUGAUAAUCAAAUCACAGAUUCAAUUCCACUAUCAUAGACUCCAUUGGAAGAGUGGUAUUUUGAUAAAGAAAAUGUUCUAACAGAUUGUUAUUGAUUUCAUGGGCCACAUUAGGAAUAAUAGGAUUGUGCCUUAAUUAUCAAUGAUAUGUAUAAAAAGUGUACUUUAGUAAACUUUUUUCUGAUAUUAUAAAUAUUACUGUCAUAAGAAUUUGAACCGAUUAAAUAUACCAGAAUGUGCAAAUGUGUCAAAUUAAAAAAGUAUCCAUCCAAAAAAUUCAUAUUUUGAAAACAUCUGUCAAAAACCUCAAUUAAUUCUUAAGAAUGUAUCCUAUAAUAAUAAACAAUACACACUGUAG